UGUUGCGCCUCAGUGACGCUUCUGAUUCAUCCAUCUGUGUAGUCAACAAGAAACAUGGCGGAGCCGACGGUCCGUAUGUCUGGGAUUGUUUUAGCUUCUCUCAUGUUUCAGCAUGUUAACAGUGAUUCAGACGUGGAAGGACUGAUCCUCGGAGAGAGUAAAUUCGAGGAGCAGAUCACCAUCAGUGACUCUCAGGCGGACCACAUCCACAUCGAGGAAAUAUACAACGUACAGAAACACAUCGCCUGCCACAGACUGAACCAUUUCUACAACAGAGCAGGAGACGUGAAUACAGAUGCUGUGAACAAACUGCUGGCUGACAAUAAGCAGGAGCGUGUGAUUGGCUGGUACAGGCAGCGCAGGGACUCGGAGCAGCAGAUGACGCUGAGAGAGAAGUUGCUGCACGAGCAGCUGAAGGCGUCUCUGUCCAACCCUCACAUGAUCUUUGUGCUGCUGACGCCCAGCAGAGCGAGCGCUGCAGGCUCCACCCACAGGACGGAGUACGCCGCCUUCAUCUCACGCAGCAGGCAGUUCGUGAACGUCCCCGUGUUGGUGAAUAAUCUGGGUUUACUGGAGCAGCUGUCGUACUGGAAGGUGUCGGCGGCGUGCUCUGCAGCGGGUUACAGCGCCACCAUGAAGACACACAGCUCCAAGUUCUUCUCCUCCAAUGGGCUGCUGAGGGAGGUGGACGACAUGAACACCAUGAACGAGUCUCUGCAGGCCGAGCUGCAGAAAGCGUGCAGCGAGGUGGAGGAGAGUGAGCGUGCGGUGGAACGUGUGCAGGCUGAAGUCUCAGCUCUCAGGAGGAAACUGUGUGAGAAGAAGACUCAGAGCGCAACAGUCGCACACGAUCCAGUCGAGCAGACGAACGCGCUCCACGAGGCCGUGCGCGCGCUGUUCACGUGCUCGCCUCUCUUCCACACUCGCACUUUGACCCUGGAUGCGUUUCCUGUCCCCGCGCUCUGCUGCCGCUCGCCGCAGCCUCAGGAGCCGCUCGACGCGCCGCAGCGCGGCAGGACGAUCUGUCCAAAGAGGCCAAGAGAAGCGGCGGCGCGCGAGAGGAAACGCAGGAAAAGUAAAUCUUGAUGCGAGCAUAAGAUGACAGUUAAAGUAGAUGAUCUGCUCGGUUUCACUUUGAAUGAUAAACUUGUGGUUUUCAUAUCAUUUGUGAAUUGUAUAAAUAUGAUAAAGAUGUUCGUUUUCUAAAAAACAACUG